CAUCCCAAUCCAUCCUAAAAAUAAAACCCACUUUGUAAUUCCAUGAACCACAAGAUUUUCAUCAAACGGCUAUUAAAGCCAUUGCUGCAAAUAUAUGCUCUCUAUAAGAACACCUGGAAAUAGGCAAAGAGACAGAUAAAGGGAAGAAUGAAGACGAAGAAGGUGCAUAAUUUAGCUUUGGGUAUGGCGGUUCUGGUGAUAUUAUUGUCAUGGAUGGCUUUUCCAGCUCUAGCUUGUUCCUAUAAUGGCGGCGGUAGUAAUAAUAAAGGGUGUAAAGACUGCAUUGCCGAGCAAAUGAAAUACGGUUGUCCAAGGUGUGUGCCGCUUCUACGGUGCAUGGCACGGUGCUUGUGGGGCGGAAGUUCCAGGUCUAAAUGCAUGAGGCGGUGUGAUUGCGACGGUGGGAAGCCGACACUUUCCGAUUGUAAGAAAUGCAUGUCACGGUGCAAAUGUAGUUGUGUUGCUUGAAUCCACUCUUUUCAUGCAAAACUACGUUUGUAUUUGUUGUUUUUUUCUAUUCUAAACUCUUCUCUUUCAACUGUUGUUUUGCUUCAAGCUUAAUUAAUAUUGGAAUCUAAAUUAUAUCAUAUUUGGUCCAUUUUAA